GGCGCUCGAAUUAAUAUCGAGUCUUCUUCUUCUCUCAAAAUAUUAAAUAUCCGGUGAAAGAGUAUCAGCAACACUACCUACGCCAGACUGUUCUCUAUUGCACUAUGGAGUCUAUAGGGAAAGCUGUUCUCUCAUGGGUUUCUAACAAAGUCAACCAUCAUGUUUGUCUUGAUGAAAAUGUGAACAAGCUCAAAAGAAAAUUUGAAUAUUUGAAUGGCCGAGAGGAAGAUGUAGUGACAAGAUUGGGCACAGAGCUUCAGCAAGGAAAGAAGUUAAAGAAAGAGGUUGAAGUUUGGCUGGGUGAUGUGCAACGGAUUAAUGAUGAAAGACAUGCCAUAGAAAGUGAAAUAAGAGAUGGGAGAUAUUUAUUACGUACAGAGUUGGGAAAACGUGUUGUGGAGAUGACCGAUGAAGCAGAAAGACUUUAUCAGAAGGGCAGCUUUCCUUGUGGCCUGGUUUUUGAUGCACCUCGUCCCAGGGGAGAGAUAUUGGCGACUACGAAUCUUGUUGGCCAAACUACUGCUCAAAGAAAGAUGGAAGAAAUCUGGAAAAUCUUGAAACACAAUGAUAAUGUUAGAAAGAUUGGACUUUAUGGGAUGGGAGGAUCUGGUAAAACAACACUUAUGAAGCACAUAAAUAAUCGUCUCUUGGAAGAUCCACCGAAGUUUGGUAAAGUUAUAUGGAUCACUGUGUCAAAACCGUUUAAUAUCAGCAGAUUACAACAUGACAUUGGCACUACUCUAGAUUUGGAUCUUUCAAGGAUUGAAGAUGAAACAAAAAGGGCAUCAAAGAUACAUGCAGCAUUACGAAGAAAGCGGAGAUGUGUCAUCAUUCUGGAUGAUAUGUGGGAAGCAUUUCCUUUAGAGGCCAUUGGUAUCCCUGAGCCUACCCAAGAGAAUAAAUCCAAACUAGUUUUGACAACUCGAUCACUUGAUGUAUGCCGACGAAUGGAGUGUGAAGGUAUUAAAAUGGAGCUUCUUUCAAAAGAAGAAGCAUGGGAGUUAUUCUCUGGUAGAGUUGGGAAUCACGUCUUAGUUGAUCCAUCUAUUGAGGCAAUAGCUAGAAAAGUGGCAGAUGAAUGUGCUUGCUUGCCUCUUGCCGUUGUCACGGUAGCUGGAAGUAUGAGGGCCAAAGAUGACCUGUGUGAAUGGAGGACUGCAUUAAGAGAAUUACGAGAAGUUACAGAGAGGCACACUGACAUACUCGAGACGCUGAAGUUCAGUUAUAAUCGCUUAAAGAAUCAGAAACUCCAGGAAUGUUUUUUAUAUUGUGCAUUAUACCCUGAAGAUUUUGAAAUAGAUAGAGAGGAGUUGAUAGAGCAUUUAAUUGCGGAGGGAAUAAUAGAUGUUUUGGACUGCAGGAAAGCUGAGCAUGACAAGGGCCAUGUCAUGUUGAAUGAACUAGAGAAUGCAUGCUUGUUGGAAAGGGUUGAAGGGCACCAGAGACUCAAAUGUGUCAAGAUGCAUGAUUUGAUUAGAGACAUGGCCAUCCGGAUCAUGAGUGUGAGCCCUCGAUCAAUGGUUAAAGCGGGUCUGCAAUUGAGAGAAAUACCAGACGAGGAAAAUUGGACAGCAGAUCUUGAGAAAGUCUCCUUAAUGAAAAACUACAUAGAAGAAAUCCCUUCUAGCCAUCGGCCAAGAUGUCACUCUCUCUCAACAUUGUUUCUUUCCAGAAAUGAAUAUCUUAGCAGCCUUUCAGAUUCUCUCUUUCUGGAUUUGUGUGGGGUCAAGGUUCUUGAUCUUUCAUAUACAAGAGUUACAGAAUUGCCGUCUUCAAUCUCUAAUCUUGGGAAUCUGAGGGCCUUGUUGCUUCGCUGUUGUGAGAUGGAGUGUGUUCCCUCUUUGUCAAAGAAUAGAGCAUUAAAGAAAUUGGACCUCUGUGAUUGUGCUAGACUUAAAGAAGUACCUCAUGGGAUAGAGAUGCUGUCCAAUCUUACAUACCUUAAUCUUCAUGGUACAAUCGAUCUAGAGGAGUUACCAUCUGGGAUAUUACCUAAACUGUCCCGUCUGCAGUUCUUGAAAUUCCACUGCUUCUCACGUAGUUUGACUGUUGCAGGACAGGAAAUUGCGCGCUUGAGAAAGUUAGAAACACUGGAAUGCCAAUUUAGUGGUGUGGGUGACUUUAAUAAGUAUGUCAGUUCCCUAGCAAACUAUCCUGGACCUUCAACAAGGGAUGAUGACAUGGAGGCACAGCGGUUGAAUGACUACCUUCUUGUAAUGGGGCCAAUUGAUGGUACCUCAUUGGAAACUCACUUCAGAGAAAAGAAGUUUAGUAAAGAGGCAUGGUUACUGAACUAUAGCAUUGGUAGAGAAGCGCCAAACCGCCUAGUACUUCCAAAAGAUAUUCAAUCAUUAUUUAUUGAAGAGUGUCAUGAUCUGAGGAGCUUAUGCAACAACAUUCCAUCCUUAAAGUAUGCAACUGAAUUGAAGUGCCUUGAGGUUGAAUAUUGUGAUGGGGUUGAGUGCCUCCUUUCUUUGUCCUCUUCAGCCUCCUAUCGCCCACUCCAGAGCCUCGAGAAAUUGUGUCUUGAGAAAUUAGAGAGCUUGCGUGUCCUCUUCAACACCGAAGGAUUUGUUGCGUCACCAUCAGCAACUAUAUGCGGUGGUACCUUUUCCUGUCUCAAAAUAUUUGUUCUUUCAAAGUGUCCCAAUAUAAAGCAGCUCUUCCCCCCUGGCUUGCUACCUAACCUUCAAAAUCUUGAAGAGAUUCAAGUGACUAGAUGUGAGAAACUGGAAGGUUUUAUUGUUAACAACAACGUUGAUGUUCUCAUCACCGAAUUCAAACUCCCGAAGUUAAAGGUUUUCAAAUUGUGUUGGCUGCCAGAAUUGAAGAGCAUUUGUGGUCAUGGUGUGGCAAUGGCUUGUGAUUCUCUCCAAGUGAUUGAUAUAAACUGUUGUUGGAAGCUAAAGAGGAUCCCUUUCGUAUUACCAGCUCCAUCUCCUCUUAAAAAGAUCUAUACCAACAAAGAAUGGUGGGAAUCGUUGGAGUGGGAUCAUCUGGAUGCUAAGAAUGCCCUUCAACCCUUGUGCCAGUUCAUCUAUACAAUGUCUUACUGAAAUGGGGCAAAAGCAAGCUGACUAAGGGAAUGCCUAACCCAAAAGGACGAUUAUUCUGGGACUGGUCCAUCGCACUUACUUCUGAGUUGAUACAUCUGACCUGUAAUUCUAGAUUGUGCCUUCCUACUUAUCUGCUCUUUUUACAUCCUUGUCGUAACCGGUAUUUGGUUCUGUAUUGGUAUGUACAAUAUUCUAACAAAUAAUUACAUUGUAAUUUCAAAGACUACACAGCUCAUUUAUAGUAAAAGUAGUUGUAUUCCAAAAGUUUUGUUCUGCUUUA